CUAGGCUACCGCUGUUUCUGAUAUUAACGGGUUUCUGCAAGUCCUACAUUAAUGAAAGAAAACGGAUAUAAUAGUUGUUAGAAGGAAUAUUUUGACUCCGCCAUGGUGGUCAAGAAGAAGACGGUCAAAGUGGAAGCGGUGGUGCUGGACGAUGCUAAACUAGAAAGACUACGAACCUCUCUCGCUGUUGAGGGAGAUACCACAGGCAGGGAGCUUGCUCAGACCCUGUUGGAGUGCCUGGCGUUGACUGACCCGGUCCAGCAGAUUCAGCUUAUCAAGAAGGCUGGUGCCACGUUGGAGGGUAUCGCUCAGCCUGAUGGCAGCCCACCUCCAGCCCAUCUCCUCCUGGCCAGUGUGGAGGCCCUGUGUGUGAUGUUCGUCUCCGUACAGGCCAAGAACCCCUUGAAGAGGGCCACUGCCAGUGCCUUGACAUCUGUUCCUGAUUGGCUGCAGGAGCAGGCAGCGGUCUGUCUGUCUGCGUGUCUGUCUGACGGCCUGGCCUCUCAGGGCUCAGAGCACUACUCACAACUCACAGACACCAUCACCGCCUGUUUGGAUGGGUUUCCAAUAGGUGAGAGGUGCAUUCGUAUUUUACAGACGGAUGUGUUCCAGUUCUUCCAGAGAGCUUUAAGUGAAUACCUCCAUGUGAACAGGAGCCUGUCAGGGCGGCAUGUGGCCCAGGCCCAGCUCAUGUACUCCUGUCUGGGGGCGGUCAAGGCCUCCAUGCUGGUGCUGCAGAGGACCCAGGAGCUGCUUGGUGCCGGUCUGAAGAAAGCGGCGCCUGAAUGCCCACUGCAGAGGGCACUGAGUGGCCUGAUGGUCUGCUACACGCGCAUUCUCACAGAUGAGGAGUUUAUUCAGUCAGUCCAGAGUACUGCUGGGAUGGCGGUGGUGUUGCUCAUCAGGUGUGUGAUGGAGAACGAGGAGGAUGUGGCCAAAGAGGUUGCAGGCCUGCUGCAGUGCACAAAGCAGUGUGAUUCUGAGGGCUCCCCCUCCUGGCUGAGGGUGAGCAGCGCAGGUCUGUACGAGGCGGCUCGUCCGGCUGCGCUGGUGCUCUACCUGUGCCACGGGGCGCUGGCCAUGCUCAGCUGGAGGGGACGGACCCUGGGCCCGCGGGCAGAAGCACUGCUGCUGCUCGUCCCACAUACCAUACUGGACCUGGACACCAGUGUGAAGGAGUCUAGCACUGCCAUGGUGGUGGCACGCAUGCUGACCCUGUGGAGUGGGGCUGCUCUGGACAGCCUGCAGGGGGCGAUGUGUCCACCCCUCCUCUCAGCAGCGGUGCGUGGGGACGCCCCACUCCCAUCCCGCCUCCUGGAGCACGUCUACGCCCACUGGGAGCACCCGCUGGACGGCGUCCGCCACCAAACACGCUCCCUCUUCCGGAACCUUCUACUGCUCCACCAGGCCUCAGCAGCCAACGGCACAGACGCUGACCGCACGUCGUCCGCAGCCCUGACCUCCGACCCUUACAUCACGCGCCUGACACGGGGUCUCCUGGCGCUGGAGUGGCACAUGCGGGGGAAGUACGGCUCGCUGGCGUGCCUGGUGGAGCUUCUGGGCGCCGGCUACCUGCUGUCCCUCGAGCCCCGGCUCCCCGCACGCCUGCUCGGCCUCAUGGGAGACCAGACGUUGGCGCCCUACGCCAGUGACCUCCUGGAGAAGCUCUUUGUCAGCCACAAGGCCCAGCUGAGUGGACAGGAGGCUGGGGAGACGGCCGUCUCGGCCGCUGGGAGCACAGAGGGCUGGUUGGAGGAGUGGCACAGCACAUGGGUGCGCCCCCUGCUGGAGGUGCUGUGUAAGGCCAGACUGGACCAGACCACCUACAUCCUGGACUACUUCCUGCCGAGGCUGCUCCGGUGCAACCCCUCUAGUCUGAGCCACAUGGUACAGGCCCUGCAGGAGAGCCCGCCCACUGCCACAGGGCCGCCAGGCAGUCGUGGUGCAGUGGGGGCUCUGAUGACGUGUCUGCGGGCAGCGCGGGCUCAGGGGGUGAUGCGGCCGUCCGAGGAGGGGCUGUGGGGGGGACUGGUGCCCCUGCCCCUACUCCGACACGCCCUCCUGCACAAACAUGACCAGGUGCGUAUGGACACACUGGGCCUGGUGUGUGAGAGCCACCGCAGUACAGAGACCAUCUGCCCACAGGAAAUGGACCUCAUCCGCCACUUCCUGCCCAGCAACCUCAACAGCCAAUCACCUGGAGUCCGCCAGCAGACAGUCAGCCUCAUCAAGAAGCUGUUGUGUAGGUUAAAAGACAGCGCCCAGUUUCUGCAGAAGAGGGUGGCUCAGGAAAAAGACCCCAAGAAGAAGGAGACAGACCAACACAUACUGCACUCAUACAAGGAGUUUCUUUGCUGGUUCUGUGAGACUCUUUUUGGCUCUCUGGUUCCUGGGGCGUCCUUCUCUACCUGUCUCACGGCUCUUCACCUGCUGGGCAUGGUGGCCGAACUCCUCUCCUUCUUCACAGGCCCCGAUGGCUUUGCUCUGGGUGAAUGUGUUAGUGAGACACAUGCUGAUGCAGUGCUGUUCUGUGUGGCCAGUAACUUCCUGGAGGUCAAGCAGUUGUCCUCUGCUCUCCUGAGGAGACUCCCACCAAGAGUCGUGCGACUGGAGGCCGCUGACCGGCUGCACUCUCUGCUGGAGGCUGCCCUGGGCCUCAGCACCAGCACGCGGCCCUUUGACAGCGUGACUGCUGCCCACCUCCUCAACCUGCUGCUGCACCAGCCCGGCCUGCAGCCAGCCCUGCUCCUCUGCGCUCAGCAACAGGGCCUCCCACUCCAGCUGCCCCAGCCAGGCGAGCCCCAGGCUUCUGUGCAGGCCUCCACCCUGGAGAGGAACAGAUUAGCCUUGAUCCAGUUCCUGCUGGAGUGUUUGAAGGCAGAGGUGGCCCAGGCAGAGCAGUCUCUACUACAGGCUGCAGCAGCACGCCCACUCUAUGGCAGAGCCCAUUGCAUCACGGCAGUCCUACAAUAUAUCAACACCGGGUCUCUGGUCCUGAUGUCUCAGUGGCGAUGUCUGGUCUCGGAGCUGGUUGCCGUGUGUUACAGGAUGUCUGACGUCGUGUCACCUGUGGUCCAAAGCUCCUCCCCCGAGGGACUCAUCCCCAUGGAUACAGACUCCGAAGCCUCAGCCGGUCUGCAGAGAAUCCUACAGGAGAUCCAGCCGCGAGACACCAACGACUUCUUCAACAACUCUCGCCAGUUGGACACACAAACGCAGGAACUACACACAUCAGACGGACCCGUACGAGAGGAGACGAAAGGCUCAGGUGGAGAGGCAUACAGGGUGACCGCUCAGAUGGUUCUGGUGUGUAGUUGGCGGAGCAUGAAGGAGGUGUCCAUGCUGCUGGGGGAACUCUGCCAAAGUCUGCCCUUACACACACCCAACAGCCACGGACUCAUCACUGAAGAACAGGUGGAGGGUGUGGGUCAGUACUUCCGUGAGCAGUUGCUGCAGUCUCGCCACAGAGGGGCAUUUGAGUUGGCCUAUGUGGGCUUUGUGCGCCUCACAGACAUGCUGUGCAAGAGUGGGAGUAAGACCCUACAGCGGCUUCCAGCUCACUGGCUGAAGGAGGUUCUAUCGGAGGUGCGCUCCAGUGACCCCUCCUCAAAGCUCUGUGCCACACGCAGAAGUGCCGGGAUCCCCUUCUACAUCCAGGCCCUAUUGUCGUCAGAGCCAAAGUCAUCCAGCUGCAGUCUUCUGAAGAUGACUAUGAGAGACCUGACCGCUCUGGCCAAGCCCACCCAGGGCACCGUCACUGAUGCCAGCACAGUGCCACAGGUGCAUGCUCUGAACAUCCUGAGGGCCCUGUAUCGAGACACGCGGUUGGGAGAGAACAUCGUGCCGUUCGUGGCCGACGGUCUGCAGGCUGCCGUGCUGGGCUUCACCUCACCCAUAUGGGCCGUGAGGAACUCGUCCACUCUUCUCUUCAGCACACUGAUCACGCGGAUCUUUGGGGUGAAGAAAGGCAAAGACGAACACUCCAAAAAGAACAGGAUGACUGGCAGGGAGUUCUUCACUCGUUUCCCUGCUCUUUACCCAUUCCUCCUCAGUCAGCUUGAGCAGGCAGCCAGCUCUGUGGACAGUGACUCUGGGCAGGUGAAGCUGCACCCCAGUCUCUUCCUGCUGCUGCUGGUAUUGGGGCGUCUCUACCCCUCCCCCAUGGACGGCUCUGCCACUCCCCUGGGGCUCGCCGCAUUCAUGCCCUUCAUCAUCAGAUGUGGAUGCAGUGCGGUGUACCGCACACGAGAGAUGGCCGCUCGCGCCCUCGUCCCGUUCGUUCUCGUCACUCAGAUCCCUGCUACCGUCCAGACCCUCCUAGAACAGCUGCCUCUGCAACCAGGCCCCCACACCCAGCAGAACCACAUCCACGGAACCCUCCUGCAGGUGCUGUUCCUCCUGCGCUCCUACCAGUCCGACUCUCUGAAACCUCAGCUGGAUGGAAGCAUCACAGCAGCCCUGCACCAGAGACUGUGGCUGGCCGACAGACGGAAUCCUUGUCUGGUGACCCGAGCUGUGUGUUUGGACCUGUUGGCGUGUGUGUGCUCACUUGGCUUUGGGCUUGAAGAGGACACCCAGCUGCGGUCUUUGUGUGAUGACGUCAUCUCCCUCCUCAUGGCGUCUGAGCUGGUGACCUCCGGUUGCCGUGGAGACGGCCCCCUCGCGGUCCCCGGGUAUGUUCAGUACCUGCAGAGCUUCGCUCGCCUGGCCUCUCGCAUGUGCGUGACCGGCCCCGACAGGAUGAAGGACCCGCGUGGAGCCCAGCUGUUCGGGCGUCUUGUGCAUUGCCCGCACUACGAGGUGCGAGAGCUGGCGCUCGAGGCGCUGCUGAGGAAGGUGAAGGCCGAGGAUGAGGAUGCAGAGGGUGAGGAGUGCGGCGUGGUGACCUUUGACCUCGACGUACAGAUGCUCUGUAGGAUGGCGAUGCAUGAGACGCACCUACCGUGCUUGGCCAAGGUUCUCCAGGUUCUCUCCAUGGUCCCUCUCUCCUCUCUGCUGCCCUGGACUGAUGGACACGCCACGCUUCCUGACCUGCAGGCCUUGGAGCACAUUCUGAAAGUGGCCCAGGAAAACACACACAGUGUGGACCUCUACUGUGCCUCGCUCACGCUGGCCUCGCGGCUGGUGGUGCACCUGGUGGAGGAGAGCGCACAGGAGCUGAAUGGCGCCACAGUGGCGUGUCUCGGCCUGUGGGGGGCGCUGCUGAGGCAGGGUUGCAUGGAGGAUCAGCCCACUGAAGUCAAACUCAUCACUGCAGACAUGCUGGUGGAGACGACACCCUGCUUAUUAACCAGCUCCACGUUACCACUGGGUAUCUCACACACCGUGGCUCUGUGGCAGAGUGUGUUUACGCUGCUGCAGGAUGAGGAGCAGGAGGUCCGAGACCGAGCCUCCCACUACAUCUGCAGCACUCCUCAGGACCUGCUCAGCGCUGUGCACUCAGAUGUGGCGGCAGGGGCACUAUGCCCACCUGUGGCCCUACAGCUGGGUGUGGCCCUGCUUUGCCAGCUCUUCCAGGUGUGGGACCAGGUGGCCGUUGGCGUAACAACCCUCACCGAGUGGUUGCUGGGAGACUGUAUGCCGGACAUGAGGGCAGAGGAGAACACUGAUGUGGAUGAAGAGUUCCUCUUUGAGAAGGGCGAUCUGAACCUGUGGGCGGAGCCUCUUCAGUGGGCCCGGCUGCUGCACACUCAUCUGGCCGCGCUGGCGUCGGCCGCGGGUCCAGCGGGCGUUCCUCCAGCCGAGCGGCGGCGGUUGUCCGAGCUGGCCCAAGCCCAGGCACAGGCGUCGGAGCAGGCACUGGUGGCACUGCCCACCCUGCCCCAGUUCUCCGCCGCCCUUGAGCACGCCAGGCUGAGCGUGCAGAGAGAGCGGGCAGGCCUGGCGCUCGGGAUUCUGGGAAUGCUACAGGAGGACUCCCUCUUAAGCUGAGGGCCCCCAAUGCCAACUGUGUGCACCCCCACACUGUCAUCAAGUCUACGUGGCUUAAAGCCUACAUGCACACACAAAGCUGGGAAGAGUCAUAGGUGAUGCGUAACAGGGGCAAAGAAAAGACUAGUUCAUCAAAUCCUGAUUGCCUUGUGCUUAUAGGUUGGGGAAAAAGCUUGUACCUUAUGCAUCCUUUCUUUUUUUCAUAUAUUUAUGGCUCUAAUUAAGUUUAAGAUUAAGAUUACCAUACAAUCUCCUUGGUCCACUUUUCCCUGCUUGUGAGUGAGGACUGAUGAAGACGCCAUCUUGCAUCUUGACUUCACCUCUCUAAUUUGUUUACAUAAUAGUUUCAGGAAAGGGAAGGGGAAAAAAGGAAACUGCGGUUUCGACGUGUUGUAAUCCCCCACACACACACACACACACACACACACACCUCUGUAUGUUAGUAAGUCUCACACUCACCAGACAG